UAAAAUACUGUGUAAUACCUCUACUCUCUUGGGUGGAUACCCACUGCUUCUUGAUGUCAUUUGAGAUUGUUUUAUAUCAUGGAUGAAUGGAGAGAUGCUUCUGAGUGGGGUGAGGUUAAUCAAUCAGGUUGAGUUCCUUCCUGUACUUUUUAAAUAAAUCAACCAACUAAGACUUGUUAAUAAUUAGUUACAGAGUACUAUCAGUAUACUUGCUGUAGGAUUUAAACUAUAUAGAAAGUUUCAAAUACCUGGUGCUUGGAUUGUGAAAUGUUUGCUCUGAAAAUCAGUCAGUGAUAAGUAAGAUCUCAAUUGGAACAGAAAAGUCCACAGUGCUGUUGAAGUCAUGCCCUUUUACAGCAAGAUAAUCAGAGAAAGGGCUGUCAUUGCUUUAGAAGUGAGAGUUGCUGGUCCCUAGAAAAUCAGUGAGAAGGAUAAGUCUUAUUAAAGUUGAGUGGUCUUGUGGAAGAAUGUUGUACAUGAAUCAUAUUUGAUUAAUUCUAUUAAAAUGUACACUUAUUACUAUGAAUAUUGCACAGGCUUGCUUUAAAAAUAAGUGCUGUCAGCAGAGUUUAUUUGCUGCAAACAUUAAAAUGGACUAAAACUAAUGAUUUUAAAUGGUUGGGUUUUGUUUUGUUUUGUUUUUUAGAAUAACAUUCGAUCAGCAAACAUCAGGAAAAUUGUUUUGGUUUCAUAGAUGUCAGAAAAUUGAGUCAGCUGAAAAGAAAUGUGCCAGCAUACUUGGCAGCCUCUUGGAGGGCUUCUCCAUGUGUCUAUAGAUCCUUCAAAUCGGAACCUGUGCCAAAUGUAACAACUGAUGGACUCGUCUGUGCUCCGCUUCAAACAUUCACUGAAGAGGAGAUGAUGCUGAAAGAUAUGGUGAAAAGAUUUGCUCAGGAACGAGUUGCGCCUCUGGUACAAAAAAUGGAUGAGAAUUCAAAAAUGGAAGACUCUGUAAUAAAGGGAUUGUUUGAACAAGGGCUGAUGAGUAUUGAGCUUGGGGAAGAAUAUGGAGGAACUGGAGCUUCAUUUUUUUCUGUCAUAUUGGCAGUAGAAGAAUUGGCCAAAGUUGAUCCAACUGUAGCUCUUAUGUGUGAACUCCAAAAUACACUGACAAAUAGGUUAUUUACCACAUAUGGAACAGAAGAACAAAAGAGAACCUACUUGCCUAGAGUGUCUAAAGAUACAAUAGGCAGUUUUUGCCUGUCAGAGGCUGGAUCUGGCAGUGAUGCUUUCUCUUUGAAGACUCGUGCUGAAAAGAAAGGAGACUACUAUAUUAUCAAUGGCUCAAAGAUGUGGAUUACCUUAGCAGAACAUGCAGGGGUUUUCUUUGUGAUGGCAAAUACAGAUCCUGCCUCAGGAUACAAGGGAAUUACAUGCUUCAUAGUGGAUCGUGACACAGAGGGACUACAUGUAGGCAAGAAGGAGGAUAAGCUUGGAAUCAGAGCAUCAUCUACUUGCCCAGUAACGUUUGAAAAUGUUAAGGUUCCUGAAACAAAUAUCCUCGGGCAGAUUGGACAGGGCUACAAGUAUGCUAUUGGAAUGCUGAAUGGUGGCAGAAUAGGGAUUGCUGCACAGAUGUUAGGGUUGGCACAGGGAUGUUUUGACCAUGCAGUUCCAUACACAAAGGAGAGAGUCCAGUUUGGGAAACGCAUAUUUGAUUUCCAGGCAAUGCAACAUCAGAUAGCUCAGGUGGCCACACAGUUGGAGGCUGCAAGGCUGUUGACCUACAAUGCAGCCCGUCUUGCAGAAACAGGAAAGCCGUUCAUAAAGGAGGCGAGCAUGGCCAAAUACUAUGCUGCAGAGGUUGCAACACUAACAACUAGUAAAUGUAUUGAAUGGAUGGGUGGUGUUGGAUUCACAAAGAAUUAUCCAAUAGAAAAGUACUAUCGUGAUUGCAAAAUAGGUACAAUAUACGAAGGAACUUCAAAUAUCCAGCUGAGCACCAUUGCAAAAAGCUUAGCACAGGAGUACUGAAAGUUUAAGAACUUUGUGACUGAUAACAGAAACAACUUCACUGAGUAUUAAUCAUUAAUUACAGGUUCUUUUGUGAUUAUAUGAAAUCAAAAGUGAUACCAUGAAUAAGAAUGCAUCAUCAGAGACAAAAUCACAGGAAAACAGUGAAUUCCACAUGUCGGGGCAGUGAAUGUGUAAAUCAUGCUAAAUCAUGAAUUCCACAUUCAAAUCUGAAUCUUGAGUUAAAAACAUCUCAUAGCUGAAAUUAUUUUGUUGCUUUAGAUUAUACAGUGUAUCUGAACUUCAAGGUUUCAAAGUGAAACAAAAGAAAUUUUUAAGUCACCUGAUGUAAAAAACUUGUUAAGCUGCCUGGGGGAAAGGUCUCUUCAUGUGCAGUCCAACUGUUGCAUGGUGUAACACUUCAGUUUGUUCGUUAUGCCUUUUUUUUUUUUUUUUUUUUUAGCAUGGGGUAUGAGGAGAGCUGUUUGGAAAUAGGUAAAAGGGGUGGUUUUCCUCUUUUGGGGAGUGAUGUCUGUGGAACUGCUGUAAUUGGAGUCUUUUUUUUUUUUUUUUUUUUUUUUGCAGCCUUUGGUGUGUUCUUAAGUAUAUCUUGGUAAUUAAGCCCUUCCAGCCCCAGUCUGUAGUAUUGAAAGGUGGAUAAUGUCUGCCUCCCUUUCCAGCAUUCUCAGAUGUUAAGGGUUUAAAUCUAAGAGGCUAUUUAUAGAUAUCCUUUUAUAAAAGGUUGAGUUGAAAUCUCUGUGAAAUGGGGUUAAAAAGCUCUACUGGUUCUUCAGACAGACAGAGAUAUAAGCUAGAUAAUAGGAAUGCUGUGAUACUACCUCACAGCGGCCUUUCCAUGUUCAAUGUGUGUUACCAACUUUAGUCCUCAGAACCUUCCUGAGAGUUAGGGAGAGAUUAUUAAUUUGUGGGGAAAAAAAUCAUGGAAGUUAGUGGUUUCUCUGCAACCACUAAGAGACAGUUAUCUUCACUGAAGAGAGAGGGAGAUAAUUUUCUUGAGAUGUAUUUGCUCUUUUGUCCCUCUCUGUUUACUUUAAAAUUAGACAUUUCAUUUACUUCUGAGGACUCUUCAGUGUUGGAGAACUAAUUAACUUAGAGUCAAAAGAGUGAAAGUUUAUAUAAUUAUAUAAUUGCUGUAACUGGCAAUUUGUUUCAAGUGUUUUGGGUAGGGAAAGAUUGGUUUUCUGUUUUGGCCAACUUAGAAGGAUCUCAUUUUUAAAGCUUUCUAGUCACAUGUGUAACUUUGAGUGGAGCUUAGAAAGUUAUAAUCUGAGACUCCCAGAUAAUCUUCUGGCCAACUACAGAAAAGGGCCCUUAAUAGGUAUGUUUUGACAAACACUCUGCAGUGCCUUAUACAAAGAAACAAGCAAGGAGAAAAGCAUCAGUUCUUUGAAGCUGAAAGCAAGUUUAAAGGGAAGUAACUAUUUUAGUGAAUGACUUUCCCCACAUAUGCUCUUUGCCUUGUUGACAGGCAAAGAACUAAUGUGAUAAUUAUGCCAAAUAAAAAAAGCACUUUCCAUGUGAGUUUGUUCAACAGCUUUGGGAUUUUCAAAAAUUCAGGGGUAGGGAGGGUAGGCUAGAGAAUUCCUGAAAGUUCCUUCUAUAUAUAUUACUGUUAAAAUACAAUUCAGGUUGUUUGCAGACUUUCUUUCAGAUGCUAGACUACAGUGAAGACUAUGAACACUACAAUGACUAACAGCAGUUACUUUGCUCAACAUAGGCAUCUGUGAGACUACGCUGAUCAUAAUCUUACUAUAAAUACUUGAGUGUCCUUGAUUGCUGUGAUGCAAUGUGCUAAUGUGAGGGGCUGUCCUCAGCUGCUCCGGCCUGCUUUGCUAACACAAGUAUCAGCAGAGAUCAGGUUUUGAUCCAUACUGUUUAAUGGGUCUUGUAGUGCAAGGCAAUAUCUUAGCUUGGCUUCUUUAGUUUUGUGUGAGGCUACAAAGUGAGUGAUGGUACUUAACUGACUUAAUAUAGUGCUAAAAGCAACCCCUUUAUUAAGGAAAGUGCAGAGCUCCUUGAAGGACUGCUUAGGGCUGGAUAUUCAGCCUCAUGUAAAAGGACUGUCUCUUUGUGUAGAACUGUGUCAGGUGUCUAUUUAAAAUAGGAAAAAAAAAACCUCAUAAUGUGAUUCUUGCAGUCUAAACUUGGCUGCUACGUGGACAGCUUCAUCAGCAACUCAACAGUUCUUAGAAAGGCAAAGUCAGUCCUUCAGCUAGUAUUAUGACUGUAUUUCAUGUCUCUCAGUUCCAUACGCUGUAUUCUCUGCAUUCUUUCUUUAGAAAGAAAUGAAUGCAUUUUAUUUCUGUCUACAAAAUUUUGUGGAGGAAUAUGCGCACAGUAAACUUUAAUCCUUCCCAGAUUCCAUUUUUCCUUAAAAAGGGCACACACCACUGUGUCAGCAUUGGCUGUUGUGGCCAUUUUCUCUGGGAAGAGUUUGUUUGAUCCUCUUAAGCCUGCUUCCAUGGCUGCGUUAAUGCAGUCGUUAGUUUAGUAAUAGUGUGUGUUCUGUUGUCCAGGAGCUGUUAAGAGCUGCCUGUAGACCCCACCCCUGUUGAGUUUGGAUAUGCAUUUAUGGAUUGUUAUAAAUUGCACUUCUGCACUUAGCACUGUUGAGCAUAGGACUGUUACUGGUGGUUUGACCAGUAGGUGUCGGGCAACAGAGCUGGCAUGGUGAAUGUUACAAGGCUUUCUGUGAUGAGGGUAGGACUUAAAGCUGCUUCAUACACAAUAUGCAUUUAUAUUAGUGAAUUUCCCCGUAUAUGUCCUUAGUCAUUUCAGUUGAUCUAGUCUAUUACCUUGGAACAACGUCUUCGGUACUCAAAUGCUACAUCUGGACUGGUUAAAAAGGAAAAAAACAUUUCCUGAGAAUGUAUUAAAAAGUGCCUGAAUUUGCUAUCUGACUAGAUGCAAUGCUAAUCUUGUGUAUCAGCUGAUGGUUCUCUAGUAAUCUGUCAUUUAAACUUUUAAAUUGCAAGUUUUGUACUGAGACAGAAUGAAUAUAUCUUCUGUCAUAUUUCUUUCGUAUUACUUCGGUUUGUGAUAAAGCUCUGACGCAGGUAUCCACAGGAAGGUUUAAUUGUUAUCUGGAAAAUACUCAAAUAUAACCUUUUAUAUGAUGUUUCUGAUGCUGUUGUUCUUUCUUUCGUAUUUUCUUUUCCCUGUGUGAAGAUUGUGUUAGCAAAGGAUGAUGUGAAAUGCAGAGUAAUUGUUCCACAGGAGCUUUUCACUAUGUAAAGAAUUUUCUAAUUAACAUGAUGUUACUUUUCCAUUUGGAAAUCUUUUGGUGAGAGACCUAUUUCAAGUUCUUCAUACCAUAAUAAACUAGAUUUGAAACACA